AUGCUUGAGAGAGAGGCAGCGAAAGCAGCCAUCAAGCCUGCGCGAGGUUGGAUGGUCGUUCAUGGAGCUGACUUCGUAACUGUGUCGAGGGAGUUGGCGAGAUUUCGGCACUUGUUCGUCAAGUGUGUGGCGCAGGCACUCGACAUCCCAUCUGGGAUCCUCACGGUGGUCGACGUGACUCCGGGCAGCGUGGUUGUUGAGUUCCUGGUUCAUCCUUCUGCCAGAGCCGGUGAUAACCGAAAUGCUACCCAGCUGCUGAUUGCCCUGGCAGAGCAACUCAUCAACAGCAACAGCACGCUUCGGCGUGGCCAUUUUGGGGCAUAUGCUGCCAGCGCUGAGUUGCUGGUCGGCGAAACCCGGAGGAAAGCUGUGCAUGCGCUUUCCAUCGCAGAUGGCGUCAUCUGUUGCGAUCAGUCAGUGCAAUGCUGCAGCCCGCAAGCCGUCCUUGACGAGGUGCACCAGCCCUUCCAUGGGCUGCGUUGCAACGCAGUCAUGACAUUGACGGGGCAAUCCCUAUGA